AUGGCCGGCUCCGGACCCGGCCUCCUCCUUCCUGCCCCGCCUGGCCCCGCCAGUGCCGACGGCCCCCGGCCCCCCAGGCUGGCCUGUCUUGGGCCCCCCCGGCCCCCCCCAGCCCCGCCAGCGGCUCUUGCAUCAGCCCGGUGCGCCGGGCUGCACCUCACUGAUAACGCCCGGCUGGUGUCAGGCCCCAUCCCGCUCCCCCCGCGGCCCCCCACGGCCCCCGCGGCACCCCGAGGCCAGGGGGGGGGCGGCGCACGGCCCGUCGGCGUGGGCAUCGCGGGGGGCGGCGAGCGCAGCCUGCACGGCGCGGGGGGCCGCGGCGGCGCGGGGGGGCCGCGGGGGAGGGGGGGCCGCGGGGGAGGGGGCAUCGCCCGUGGCCGCGGCCCCGGGGCCGGCCCGGCGGGGCGCGCUGCGGCUGCCAUGGCUCUGGGGCUCGCCAAGAAAGGCUCCUCCCGGAACAUCGCCGUGGAGAGGAAAAACCUCAUCACCGUCUGCAGGUUCUCAGUGAAGACCCUGCUGGAGAAAUACACAGCAGAGCCCAUCGACGACUCCUCUGAGGAGUUCGUUAACUUUGCCGCCAUCCUCGAGCAGAUCCUCAGCCACCGCUUUAAAGGCCCAGUCAGCUGGUUCAGCUCGGAUGGGCAGCGAGGCUUCUGGGACUACAUCCGCCUGGCCUGCAGCAAGGUCCCCAACAACUGCGUCAGCAGCAUCGAGAACAUGGAGAACAUCAGCACCUCCAGGGCCAAGGGCCGUGCCUGGAUCCGCGUGGCGCUGAUGGAGAAGCGCAUGUCUGAGUACAUCUCCACGGCCCUGCGGGACACACGGACCACCAGGCGGUUUUAUGACGACGGGGCCAUCAUGCUGCGCGAGGAGUCCACAGUGCUGACGGGGAUGCUCAUCGGGCUCAGCGCCAUUGACUUCAGCUUCUGCCUGAAGGGUGAGGUGAUGGACGGUAAAACACCCGUGGUCAUCGACUACACACCCUACCUGAAGUUCACGCAGAGCUACGACUAUCUGAGUGAGGAGGAGGAGCGGGGCAGUGUGGAGAGCAGCACAAGUGAGGACAGUUCCCCUGAACACCCCUACCUGCCCCUGGUCACCGAUGAGGACAGCUGGUACAACAAGUGGCGCAAGAUGGAGCAGAAAUUUCGCAUUGUUUAUGCCCAAAAGGGGUACCUGGAGGAGCUGGUGCGGCUGCGGGAGUCACAGCUGAAGGACCUGGAGGCAGAAAACAAGCGGCUGAAGCUACGCCUGGAGGAGGUGAUGGUGCAGAACCAGCUGGAGAAGAGGGAGCUGGAGGGCGUCAUCCUGGAGCUGCAGGAGCAGCUGACGGGGCUGAUCCCCUGCGAGAACCCGCAGCUGGCCCAGCUCUCCAAGGAGAUGGUGACACCCUUGGUGAACCAGUGGCCAUCGCUGGGGACCCUCAACGGCAAUGAAAGCAGCUCAGACAGCAAGCUCUACCGGAGGCACAGCUUCGUGAGCACCGACCAGCUCUCGGCCGAGAACAGCCUCAGCUCCGACUCCCAGCGCCUGGGCGAGGGCAAGCGUGAAGGCGAGCCCUGGGGGCCCUUGGGGAAGGACCCCACGCCCUCCAUGCUGGGGCUCUGCGGCUCCCUGGCCUCCCUGCCCAGCUGCAAGUCCCUGGCCAGCCUCAAGUCCAACGAGUGCCUGGUGAGCGACAGCACCGAAGCCAGCCCGACCCGCAGCCCCAGCUGAGACCCCCGGCCCCCUCGCCGCCCCCCAGCCUGGCCGCUCGGCCCAGCGUCGUGGCGGAGGACUGACCACGCAUGUCCCCCCUCGCUGUCCUGGGACCGACGAGGGACUCGCCGCACCCACCGGGGAGGCUGGGGACAAGCAUCCCUCUCCCCAUCUUGACACCCCACGCCAGCCGCAACUCGGACCCCCAGCUGAAGACAUGGACCCGUUGGGAUGGGGGAUGCUGGACUGGGACCCACAUGAGCUGGGGCUGGGGGGCAAACUGUGCCAUGGGGGGAUGCAGGGAGUGAUUGCUGCUGGGGAGCAAGGGAGGGGGCUCAGGGCCAAAACCCCUCCAGGGGUGAGGGUCUGGGCACAGCCCCCUGCUCAGCCCAGGAGCACUGCUCUUCCCUCGGAUGCCCACCCGGGCUUUGCGUGCCCUCUAGUGCCCAGCCUCCCCCCCCCCGCCCCCCCCAGGCGCUGCAGGGGGCGCCUGUCCCUCCCUUUGGGGACCUGCUGGCCCUCCUUGCAGCAGCAUCCUCACGACAGGGAUAGGCUCCCCCCUCCCUUCUCCUUCCCAUCCUCCCCUGGGUUUUGGGUUGUUUUGGGCGAUUUUGGUUUUUAAUUCAGCCCCACCUGCCUUGUUGGAGCGUAAGGAAUCAAUAAACGCAGCAAGCAGAUCCAGCCUCCGUGAGCCCCCGGGCUGGGA